AUGAAGUGGCAACCACAGUCUCAAUCUGGCUGCGUCGUCGUCGUCGAUGGCCGCCCGAGAUAUCUUCCUCAAGUCAAAACGGAUAUCCACACAACCAUUUUUGACAUCACGUCAAGGACACAUUUAACUCAACAAUUUGUCAAUCCUUCCUCCAAAGACCCAAUUGACGAGAUCAGUUACGUCUUUCCCCUCUAUGACGGCGUCUCCGUGAUCAGCUUCACUUGCACCAUAGCCGACCGCAUUAUAAAGGGCGUUGUCAGGGAGCGGCAGCAGGCGAGGCGAGACUAUUCCCAGGCGAAAGAGGAGGGGAGAGUCGCUGGCCUUGUAGAACAAUCCUUCCAAGCUGCGGAUGUCUUUACCACAACUAUCGGCAAUGUGCCCGCUGGUGGGAAAGUGGUUGUAGAAAUUGUCUAUAUCGGCGAGCUGAAGCAUGAUGCACAGGCUGACCAAGUGCGCUUGACUAUCCCGGCUCGGGUCGCCCCACGAUAUGGAUCUUCAGGCUUGGAUACCAAUGGGAUACACCCCAAAGAAGAGGGCAUUUCACUGACAGUCGAUGUCGAAAUGCCUGAAGGGUCCUUCAUCGAGUCGCUCGCGUCACCCUCUCACCCAGUUGUUGUCAGCAUUGGCGCCCUGUCCACGGCUGAGGCUUCUUCGGAGCGCUCAUUUAACAAGGCAUCUGCCGUGCUGCACCAAACAAACUCUACUUUGAACCAUGACUUCGUCAUUGAAGUCUCGGCUAAGGGGUUGAUGGAGCCUACGGCGUUUUUGGAAGUUCACCCUACGAUUCCCAAUCAGCGGGCUCUCAUGGCGACUCUGGUGCCAAAGUUCAAUAUGCCAGUAUCAGAGCUGCCCGAAAUCGUAUUCUUGUGCGAUCGGAGUGGUAGCAUGGAGACAAACAUCAGAAACCUUGUUGUUGCAUUGACUACGUUUCUCAAAUCCUUGCCAGUCGGUGUUAAAUUCAACAUUUACAGUUUUGGUAGUUCCUAUACUUCUCUAUGGCCAAGGUCGAGAAAAUACGACCAAGAAACGCUUGAUCAAGCCGUUGCUCACAUCAACACCUUCAGGGCCGAUUAUGGUGGCACGGAGAUAUAUUCGGCGAUGGAUGGUGCCUUCAAGAAUGCCUAUAAGGAUCUCAAUCUUGAAGUGUUCUUGUUAACAGAUGGCCAAAUCUGGAAUCAAGAAGCCCUGUUUAAGUUGAUCAAUGACCAAGCGGCUUCAACUCAAGGCAGAGUCCGAGUUUUCAGUCUCGGCAUAGGACAUGGUGCCAGCUCAGCGCUGGUCGAAGGUGUGGCGAGAGCAGGAAACGGGUUUGCGCAGAUGGUUUCAGACAACGAAAGAAUUGACGACAAAGUCGUCAGAAUGCUAAGAGGUGCGCUUCUUCCGCAUAUAAAUGAGUAUACCCUCGAGAUCAAGUAUGGCCCAUCUGGCAAUUCUGUUGAAGAAGAGGACUUCGAAUUCAUUGAGCGAGUCGUGGACUCGCUUCAUCUCGAUACAAACUCUGAAAAGGUGACAGUACCAAGAAAGAUCAACCAACAACAAACUAUCUCGCUUUACGACCCAAUUGUGGAUACAGGCAUCACUGAGAGCACCCGAGACGCAAAAAGGGCCAAGCAUGACCAUUUGUUGACCGUCGAGGCCCCUCGUUACCUUCAGACUCCUACCCAGAUUCCACAACUAUAUCCAUUUAUUAGGACUACUGUCUAUGUCCUACUUUCGGAUGCAACACCCGAGAAGACCCCAAAGUCAGUCCUCCUCAAAGGCGUGUUCCAAGACACGACCCUAGAGCUGGAAAUACCUGUCAAACAACUUCCCGAAAAGUCAACCACCAUUCACCAGCUGGCGUCUCGGAACGAGACCAAGGACCUUGAAGAGGGUCGUGGAUGGCUCUCCAGAGCAGUAGAUAAUGAUGGGAGGUACUUGAGAGAUAAAUUUGAAAGCAGAUUUUCUGAGAUGGUUGAGCUUGAAGCAGUCAGGCUCGGGGUACAAUUCCAGGUUGCAGGCAAACACUGCUCAUUCGUCGCUGUCGAAGAGCUCACCUCCACGGUUCUAGGAACUUCCGAUAAUCAGUUAGACAGCACUCAAACCGGCCUUCGGAGAACGGUAUAUCCACCCCAAAGUAGUAACCACUCACUGUCUGAUUAUCAGAUGCAAAUAAUGCUACUCGAGCAACAAAACAAAAAGAGACUCAUGAUGGCACGGCAAGAGCACGAUCAUGUUGCUGGCAAUAUGGCUUCACAGAGUUUCAGCCUCGCUGUCCCUUCGUCGAACAACCCAGGAGGCGCGGUCCCUGCCACGAUCAGUUUCCCCACUGACUUUGGAACUCCCUUGGGCACGUCCGGGGCCUUGCACUCUGGCGACGUAUUGAACGACUUUGACUUUGAUUCAUUCCUUCAUGACGGAAGUGAAAAUGGUGAACCUUUUGAUUUUAGCACAGCCUUCACCACCACUGGAGAUAUGGUGGACCAGCCGCUCCAGAGCCUCGCUCCAGCUCCCGCAUUCGUGAGCCCGGGCGGCGUGCAGGCUUCCUCGAACAUUCAAAGUCUUGAUACUGGAGGUCUCGGUCGCCUCCAUAGCCUUAUCUCGCUGCAGACAUUUGCGGGUUCCUGGAUUUUGGACCACAACUUGGAAAGAGUCUUAGGUAUCUCCAGCGAUCAUUUACUACACCUACAUCUACCUGAUUCGGUCGUCAGCCACGCACAAAGGGAUGAAAUUAUCGCGACUGCUUGCGUGAUUUCUUUCUUGAGUAGAAACUUUAGCGCCGAGAGGGGGUCGUGGGAGAUGCUGGUUGAGAAAGCUGACCGUUGGCUGCAGGAGCGGGUUGGGGAGGAUGUAGCAGCCCUCAAAAUGGCUCUUGAGUCUUCUCCUGUGGUCAGCAUGUUCGUUUGA